AUGGACUACUUUGCCGGCCACUUCCCGCCUAUGGGGCUCGAUGAGCAAGGCCGUGACGGCGAUUAUCCGGCAACGAGAAGCGAGUUCUCAAAGAAUAAGAAUAAGUAUGCGGCCGCCACUCCUGAGCCGACUCAGUCGCCCUCCCCCGAGCCGCCCAAGCCUCCCGAGCCCCCGCCGUCUCCAGAGCAGCCCGAGACGCCCCCGCCGUCUCCUCCAAGGCCCAAGCCCGGGAAGAGACCCGCCUACAGCGGCAAGUCCGUUUAUUUCAACAUAGGUUCACUGGACUCCCGCUACGUUCUCCGAAUCGACCUGGAAAAGUUUCCCCUCCCGCCCGUCGACUUAGGCAACCCCAAACGCAAGUACCCAGACAGCCAAUGCUGGGACUUGGUCUAUGAUAUGUCCUGGGGCCAGAUGAACCUUAUGGACUUGGAAGACUUCGUUCCACCACAGUGGUGGAGCUUCGACUGGGCGUUCGACCCCAAGAUCAAGGAGCACCCUGACGAAGAGACCGUUUUUGCCUUCUAG